GACUGCCAUUAACUUGAAGGAUUCACUCAGCGAAAUCAGCUGUAGCAGCAAAGACUUUGGCGCGUGGAUUUAUGAGCGUGCAUAAAACCUCAAAAAGGAGUCGUGCUCGAGUCACGGAGAUUUUGAUUUUCGCGAUUGACUGGUCAUGCAGGCGUUUACCAGUCCAUACGUGUGCCCGUAUUUUACGUGCUCAUCCCCGUAUUGCCUGGCGUUGAGAAGCAGUGCUGUGGCAUCGAGUUUAGCGAUGAACCGACCACCUCCGAGUCCAAACCAGCCCGGAAUAUCUUCAUUUACGAUUUCAUCCAUUCUAUCUCGCUCAGAAGAGUCGCCGACUAAACCAGCCAGAUCCGAAGAAACAACGGUAGCUAAAUGUUCGUCUGAAGGGAACAUAAGCUCGCAGUUUGUUCCCAGUUACUCUUCACAUGUCUCAAUUGAAAGAUUUCAUCCCUACCAUCGACCUCUGACAGCAAGUGCUUUUGCGCGAACAACUUGCGGUAGUUUGCAAAAAGAAGGAGAAGCAAUUCUUUCAGUUGUACACCAUGAAGAAAACAAGGCGUGGAAUUUCAAGCAAGGAAAACCGAAGAGAAUUCGUACGAUUUUCACGCCAGAACAACUCGAGCGAUUGGAAAAAGAGUUUGACAGGCAGCAAUACAUGGUCGGAGCCGAGAGACAUUAUCUCGCCGCUUCGCUAAAUCUCACUGAAACACAAGUGAAAGUCUGGUUUCAGAACAGAAGAAUUAAAUGGAGAAAACAAAAAAUGGACCGGCCCAACUCCAGCUAAGACAUCAAAUAUGAAACAAAGGAAAAACUAUGAUAUGCUUACCAGAGAUGAAAGUCGCGAACAUCCGAUGGGCCUCAAUCCAUGGUAUUUAAAAUUGAAAAAAAAAAAGAAAAGAAAAGAUGUGUAACUGUACUUAAAGGUGUUUUGACAAUGAACAUAUUCACACAAUUUUAUCGCGAAACUGUAUACAUUUCAAAACUGAACUAGCAGACUUAGAAACACACCUCUGGUUAGUUCAUUAAAGACAUAAUUUGGUAAAUUCUGUAUCCCGAAAAUCGAUAACUUUUGCAGCCAGAUGGCAAAUGUAGAUCUUGUACACACAAGGCAGCAAAAUCGAGCAUUGCCUUCUCUUCCGUAAAGAAUAAUGAUUUAUCGACUCUUCGUUUAGUUUUGAUUAAAAAUUUGAGAAUAUGACUCGAAUAUGGAAAGACUUAUCUGUUUAAUUUUUUCUUUCUUUCCAGAAGGCCCGAAAAUGGUCUUAGUUUGAAAUUGUAAAUAUUCGAUUGUAUAAAAAAUUAAUAAAUCGAGGAUUUCUCACUAAUAAGUCGAAGUAAUUAGGGGAAUCAUACAUUGUACAUGUACAUUCACAGAUUUCGAGUGAAAAUAAAAAAUUUGCUUGUAUUAUAAAAUUGAAAACUUUUCGCCAUCUCUGCGAAGUAGUUUACGGACUGAAAAAUUAAUUAAGUGCCCUAUGAGGCUUAAAGUAUUAAUUCAAGAGCUCAUCCGGCCACAACAAACUCUGGCUUUGCGUUCGAAGCUUUAACUCGCCGGAAUAAAGCCACAUAAUGAAGAAUUAAAAGCAAUUAGACUUUCAAAAGAAGCCUCUGGCAACCGAGGUGGCGCAGGAAAAAUGUGAGUUGAAAAGAGAUAGAAAACAAAGCGCUCUGUCAGGUUAGAUUUAAAGCUCGGUUUGAUAGUGAUAAUGGAAGUACCUUAAGAAUAGACUAAGUCUUCCACAUGAUCUUCAUCUUAAUAAAGAACGAUGAAACAAAAGGUUUCCCUAAUCUAA